UCAGCGCCGCGGUGAUCCGCUUCCCCCGGUUCCCCUCAGCUCCCCACUGAUCCCGCCCCCGGUUCCCCUCAGCGUCCCGGUGCCCCCCGGCUCCCCGUAGCCCCCCCGCUCCGCUCCCUUUCACCUUCCCCUAUCCCCGGUUCCCCCAUAGCACCCCGUACCCCUCUCGGUUCCCCCAUAGCCGCCCCCCGUUCCCGGUGCCCCCCGGUGCCCCCCGGUGCCCGGUCCCCGCCGCCAUGAGCGAGCUGAAGGACUGCCCGCUGCAGUUCCACGACUUCAAGUCGGUGGACCACGUGAAGGUGUGCCCCCGGUACACGGCCGUGCUGGCCCGCUCGGAGGACGAUGGCAUUGGCAUCGAGGAGCUGGACACGCUGCAGCUGGAGCUGGAGACGCUGCUUUCCUCCGCCAGCCGCCGCCUCCGUGUCCUGGAGGCCGAGACCCAGAUCCUGACGGACUGGCAGGACAAGAAGGGUGAUCGGCGGUUCCUGAAGCUGAGCAAGGACCACGAUGUGGGCACCUCUGUCAAGCACGGGAAGCCCAAGAAGCAGAAGCUGGAGGGCAAAGGCGGCCACGGGACCGGGCCCGGCCCUGGCCGGCCCAAGUCCAAGAACCUGCAGCCCAAGAUCCAGGAAUACGAGUUCCAGGAUGAUCCCAUUGACGUGCCCCGCAUUCCCAAAAAUGAUGCUCCAAACAGGUUCUGGGCAUCAGUGGAGCCGUACUGUGCUGAUCUCACCAACGAGGAGGUCAGAGUCCUGGAGGAGCUGCUCAAGCCACCGGAGGAUGAGGCCGAGCAUUACAAGAUCCCGCCCCUGGGGAAGCAUUACUCCCAGCGCUGGGCCCAGGAGGACCUGCUGGAGGAGCAGAAGGAUGGAGCCCGGGCGGCGGCAGCUGCCGACAAGAAAAAAGGCGUCCUGGGGCCGCUGACCGAGCUGGACACCAAAGACGUUGAUGCCCUGCUGAAGAAAUCGGAGGCCCAGCACGAGCAGCCAGAGGAUGGGUGUCCCUUCGGGCCCCUGACGCAGCGUCUCCUGCAGGCCCUCGUGGAGGAGAACAUCAUUUCCCCCGUUGAGGACUCCCCCAUCCCUGAGAUCGCCGGCAAGGACUCGGGAGCUGAUGGUGCUGGCACAUCUCCCCGCAGCCAGAACAAGCCCUUCAGCGUCCCCCACACCAAGUCGCUGGAGGGGCGGAUCAAGGAGGAGCUGGUGGCCCAGGGCCUGCUGGAGUCGGAGGACCGGCCGGCCGAGGACUCGGAGGACGAGGUGCUGGCCGAGCUGCGCAAGAGGCAGGCCGAGCUGAAGGCCCUCAGCGCGCACAACCGCGCCAAGAAGCAUGAGCUGCUGCGGCUGGCCAAGGAGGAGCUGCACCGGCAGGAGCUGCGGCAGCGUGUCCGCAUGGCCGACAAUGAGGUGAUGGACGCCUUCCGCAAGAUCAUGGCCGCCCGGCAGAAGAAGCGCACGCCCACCAAGAAGGAGAAGGACCAGGCCUGGAAGACCCUGAAGGAGCGGGAGAGCAUCCUCAAGCUGCUGGACGGGUAGCGGGGGCCGAGGACCCCCCCUCUGCCGUGGACCUCAGCAGCCGGGGGUGGCGGCUGUGCCCCUGUCACCCACAGGUUGCCGGCAUGCCCGCACCCUGCCUGCGCUCACCCUGCUGGUGUGGGACGGGGGUGUCGCAGCCCCC